CACCCAUGGCCAUUCACCUCUUGCCGUGGCCAGGGGUUUGGAGUUCACAUUUUGCAACGUCCACAUUCCAGGGCUGAGUCUGUCCAUUCUGAAGCUGAGGGGCACAACCGACCUCGGGGGCCAUGAAGUUCCAGGAGUUCUUCUUCCUUCUCCUUCUUGCCAACCUGCCCACAGCCAGAGGGACCCCGACUGGGAGCCAAGCCCAGGAUAUCCAAGUGCAGGAGAAUUUCGAGCCUGAACGGGUAUAUGGGAAAUGGUAUGACAUUGCCACCGGCACAACAUGCAACUGGAUGAAGCAAUACAAGGAUAAAUUCAACAUGGGCACGCUGGUGCUGGGACCAGGGCUGACCAGUAAUCAGAUCAGCACCACCAGCACCAGACUCAGGCAAGGUGUCUGCACGCAGGUUUCUGGAGAGUACCAAAAAACCAACAUACCUGGAAAAUACACCUACUAUAACCCCAGCUGGGACGUGACCAUUGACUCCUAUGUGGUGCACACCAACUAUGAGGAAUACGCCAUCAUUCUCAUGCAGAAGAAAAGUAGCUUCGGACUGACAAUUACAGCCAAACUCUAUGGCAGGAGCCCGGAGCUGCGAGAAGGCCUUAUUGUGGAUUUCAGGCAGUUUGCUCAGGAGAUGGGGAUUCCUGAGGACUCCAUCUUCAUCAUGAUUAAUAAAGGUGAAUGUGUGCCUAGUGAGACCCAACCUGAACCCAAGAGGGAUCGGAGAGCUGUCCUGCCUGAGGAAGAGGGCUCAGCUGUAGGUCCCCUGCCGUCACUCAUCAGCAAAAAGGAAGAUUUCUGCCGGCUGAAUAAAGAUGUGGGCCCCUGCAUGGGGAUGAACGUUCGGUUCUUCUACAACUCCUCUUCUAUGGCCUGCGAGACCUUCCACUAUGGCGGCUGCCUUGGGAACGGGAACAACUUCCCUUCGGAAAAGGAGUGUCUUCAGACCUGCAGAACCGAGGCGGCCUGCAGGUUACCCAUAGUUCCAGGGCCCUGUCAGCAACCAGUGAUACUCUGGGCCUUUGAUGCAACCCAGGGCAAGUGCACCACCUUCAACUAUGGAGGCUGCCAGGGCAACGGGAACAAGUUCUACUCGGAGAAGGAAUGCAAGGAAUACUGCGGGGUCCCAGCAGACGGAGAGGAGGAGUUUCUGGGUUUGUCCAACUGAAGGGGACCCGGGGACGGGGAGUGACAGCUGGAAUCGCUAAAAAGCCCCAGCAGGAGGCCCCUGCUAGGAGAGCAUUUGGAAUAAUGUUUGUGCUGAUUGUGUGUAGAUCAGGUUUAAUGAACAGUAAAUGUCUCUAAAAAUGA